AUGCCCUUUGACUACGGUCGAAUGUUCUUGGCGAUAGUGAGCUUGGCGGUUCUCGAGGCGCUGGUCAACCAGGAGGCGCUGAAGCAGAACCCCAACCUGCAGGAGCAUAUGCAGUCAGUGACGAAGCUCAUCCAGCACGUGAAGGUGCAGCCGAUGGCCGUGGCAUGCGAGACGCUCCGCUACUGGAAAGCGAAGACCGCGCACGUGAAGGAAGGAGCUCAGCCUCGGGUGACGGCCAAGUCUGCUUGGGUUACUUAUCACGCGGACCCGAGCCCACGCCGGCGGGCCCAGUUGCAGCUCGCCGCGGCGCAGCUGGCCCUGCAGGUCAUGGAGGACAAGGACAAAGACAAGGGAAAGGACGAGAGGAGCAGCUUCCAGGGAAAAUCGCAGUCUGACAGCAUGACCCGAACAGUGAAGGAGUUCAAGUUGCACGAUCCCGAGAAGUACAGGGUGAUAGUGAUGCUGCGCUUCGACGCCACCUACAAAUCGUACAUCAACGAGUGGCCCACGGUGAAUUAUGACAAAUUCAACUUCUACUCGCAUUGUCAAAGAACCCGGGACAAAACUAAAUAUGAUCCAGAAGACCCUCGUGUGUGUGUGAACGAUGUCAUGCAGGUUAUGCCUGGGAAGUAUUUUGAUCCAUGGCAGCGGAUUGUCGGCAAAGGCGAUUGCUUCAACGGCCACCCUGGACCCUACGGCCGCGAUUGCGGGCACUUUUGCUACAACCAGACCGCUGAAGUGGUUGGGCAAGAGAACAUCGGGUUCGUCACCGAUUGGGUGCCAGAGUAUAAGGUUCGCGAACCCAGCCCGGAGCUCGAGUUGUUCUGUCGCACCCCGUGUCGUAUGGGCCUGAGCUCUGCGGAGGAGCCGGACGCUUAUCUGCGGCCUCGCGCCUGCAACGUGUCCUUCGCGAGGGCGGCGAGGCGGGGGCACUGCGAGCCGAGCGCGUUCCCCGCGUCGGAGUUUCUCUUCUUCUUGCGGAACUGGCAGUCGAUUCAGGGGUUCAUCGGGCUCAGCACUGUGUACUUCAUUCACCUUGUCUCGCUCGUGCAGUGCUCUCUGGGGAUCACCGGCGCCAUCGGGGAGAUCGGGGUGGCCGCCGGGAAGUCAUUCGCGGCCCUGGCUUUCGCGAGGCGCGGGAACGAGAGCCUUCUCGCUUGUGACCUCUUCAAGACGGGAAUUGAGCGAGACAAUGUUCCAGAGGUGAACCUGCCAAUGUUCCUGAACUUGCUGGGGUACCUGCGAAUACCACAGCGCGACGUGCAAGUGGUGCGGCGCAGCAGCCUGGGGCUCCUCGACGUGGACCUGGCGCUCCGCGCGGGCAAGGACGGCGGCUUCCGCCUGUUCCACGUGGACGGGGCGCACUAUGCGGAGGCGACGCUCAGCGACCUGACGAUCGCGGCGUGCGCCCUGGAGGGGCUCCACCGCUACAUGCUCGCGCAGCCCCCGCCGCGCGGCCUCGAGCCCUUCCUCUACACCGGCCGCCUCUUCCUGACGACGCCCGGGCCGCAUGCGGAGGCCUACCGGCGGGCCGUGCGAGAGGCGCUGCCUGGCGUGAAGUCCCGACGCCUGCACGGGGCGGAGCUGCUGACCACGCAGGAGGUCUCCGUCGAGCUGCAGGACUUCGAGCGCAUGUCCGUCCCGGUGCGGUGA